AUGUCCUUUGACGCGCGCGUCGUGCAGCACUACGAAGUUGACCCGGUGUCGAUUGCUGCGUACGCUAUUUCGACACCGUUCGCACCGCGCGUGUCGGUCAGCGUUGGCAACAUGGCGCAGUGGACGCGCUACGUCAACGCCAUCGCCCAUCUCGUCACAUCGGUCGAGUUGGACCCCAUGCCCGGCUUGGACGAUCCCAUCCAAGCAGCUGCGCUUCGUGACGCACUCGUCGCGUGUCCGCGCCUGCGCAAGCUGUGCGUCCGGUACUCCGACUGGGGCGAUGCCAUGGGUAUUGUCGCAAGCAUCGACUGCAUCCUCCGUGCUGCACCCUCCAUGUCGCGUGUUUGCCAUAUUGAUAUCAAAGGCUCGGUGACCGUACACAGUCUCGCCGCGUCGAGCGUGCACAGCCUCGUCCAGUGGAUUGAGGCGGGAGAAGCCACCCACCUCCGGCUCCACCAUGUAAACGUGGCCAUCGACGAAGGCGGUAGAGACGGCGUUGGCGCGGCGCUGGCGUCAGCGAUCUCGCGCUCAACGACGCUUCAAACGGUCGACUUGAAGAAUGUUACGUUCUUCAACACGCAGGGUCUCGUCGGCCAGCCGCUGCCAGCAACGACGCGCGAGUUCCACUGGGCCAGCAACGACGACGCGCCACGCCUCCCGACGGCAGCGACGCUCACACGCCACCUCGGGGCUUCGCUGGCAUUGGCCUCGCGAUUGGUGGUGCUCCGCCUUGCUGGCAACAACACGCUGUGCCCAACGACGCUGGUCGCCGAGCUCGCAGCGGUGCUGCCACACAUGCAACACCUCGGCAGCUUGCACCUCAAGGGCAACUCGCUGCAAGGUGUCGACGUCUCGCCUCUCAUGGCGGUCCUCCCAUCGCUUCCCGCUUUGGAGACGCUGCGAAUCAAGAUGGCCCGGCUGGACGACGCCGGUGCGCGGGCGCUCGCGUCGGUGCUUCCGCACUGCACCUUACUAUGCCAACUGCUGGUUCAAGGCGGUGCGUACAACGAAGCGUCGUCCGAAGCGCUGCUGACGGCCACCGCAUCGAUGCCAGCUCUCGAUUACUUGGAAAUGGACGUGGCAACCGACUGCAACGAAGGCUGGAUGCAGCGACUGAGUCCGCUGCUCGCAACUUGCGCCACGACGACUGCAUGUAUGGUGUUGCACAGCGUCAAUGUCUCGUCGUCAGCAUGUGCAGCGUUAGCAAGCGCCUUGAUCGAUGCGGGUUUGCGUGAAGUCUCUCCGGGGGGGCAAUCCUACCGGGUGGGGGUUCCGACAUGUAGCGACGAGGCGAAGGAGCAGUCGAGCUGCAUCUCAUUAAAGAACCGCAACUUGUUGCUCAUGUAACAAUGACAACGA